AUGUUAACACAUGUCCAAGGAAAGAACAGAGAACAUAGAGCGGUCAAAUUGCUUCCAAUUAUUUCGACUGCCGUUGAAAUUGUGGAUGCGAUUUAUGAUAUCUUUUCGCCUGAGCCCCGCGUCGUUUCUCCCAAAGAUUUAAGGAUAACAAAAAGGGAAAUAAUAUCAUCGUUUUCUGACAAACUUGAUGUUGUCCAAGCACAGCUGUACGGAACAAUUAGGGAGACUCUGUCACUAUCUAAAAUCGACGAGAUCAACUAUAGAGUACAAAGUGUUUUGCUCGAUUUGAGAGAUUAUCUUUUAGUGAAUGGCAGUGAAAGGAUCACCAAAAAGGACGAAUUUGAAAGCCAAGCUGCGCUUAGAAUCGCAGAUAUUCGAAGUCUUCCAUCGCGAUUAGAAAAGUCCCUUACGACCGCUGACAAAUCACUGCUGGAACUGAUGGCUGCUAAUUCGAAAUGCAACAUGUCUGGAAUAAACGAAUUUAAAAACUUUUAUCUCAAUCUUACAGAAACGGCUAUAAUAGUCGACCUUUCCUACAAAAAGCUUAAACAAAACAGUUCUCUCAAAACGGAAUCAGAAUGGUGGAAUGGUCAACUUCUACAAAUGACCAAAAGUUUUGAAAACGAAGAUAAAGCAUGUAAAAGCAAAUUCCUCUCACUGUUGGAAAGCGAUUUAAAGACAAUUGAUGGUGCCGAAGAGCUAUCAACUAAUGUACAUCAGAAGUAUAUUUGGUAUAUUAUUGAUAUAUUCAUCCUACAACAAAAUGGUGAUGGCGAAGAAAUCUACAUCGACGGCAACGCCUCAACAAUGCUGACUUUAGGCGUGAACGGUCUUCGCAAAUAUGCCCUGUAUAUAGAUAAACAAACGAGAUUCAACACAAUCAAGUGCCUAUUAUUGAAGACAAACGCCCGAUCGCCUUCAGUUGACGCUUUCAUUCUUGAUAUUGACACCCCUGUACCGGGUUAUGUUUCCACAAUUGAAGGAAGUUCCAAAAAGACCACAUUCUUCUAUGAUGAAACUGAUUCGUCAAAGUCAUGUCAUCCAACUACGAUCCCAGAUAUCGUGAUAAUAGAUCAGGUCGAAAUUGGGGCAAUUGAUGGAUUGGGCACGGGAGCCAUUGUUGGUAUCGCUAUUGGUUCAGUUACUGGAUUUAUUGCUCUGGUUGCCGUUCUUUGUUGGUGUUGUCGUAGAAAUAAAUGGCGUUAUAGACGGCCAUAGUGAAUAUAGAAUAUGGACGAAAAUUGAACAUGUUUCAAUAAACGAAUUAGCUCAAAUAAUGUAACAAAUUGAAUAAGUAACACUUUGUGCUGUUCAUCUUUUAAAUAAACUCAAACGUGUGAAUUCAUCUACAUGAAGCAGACGGACGGA